GGUGACGAUCGUUGACGAUCGCGUCGGGGCAGUCGAAUCAGCAUGUCCUGCCAUUAACCGACCGGGAUUCGACGGUCUUGGAGCGCACAUGGCACGCACAUGCUCGGCCGAGAUCAAUAAUUACGACAAUCAUUAAUCACAGAACUUCUCUCCUACUGUGAUAAACUGGUCUGGCAUAAGCUGGCUUCAUAAGCUGCUUGAAGCAAACACGGGACUGAGGUUGUCCAGACCAGUCUCGAGACGGCGGGAAUGGUAAGACAUGGCUGUCGGAUCGUGACGUCGCUUGAUGUCGCUCAACCCACUGAGAGACGGCAUCGUGGCGCGUGCGGCUGAGCGCCGAAGGCUGCUCGCCUGAUGUGUUCCGAGAAUUAAAGCAGCGGCGUGCUGGUCUUUCGCUUCGUCUCUGCCAUGUCUGUCCAUUCAUGUCUGGGGUCAAGAUGGUGUCCUUGACGACCUUCAUCCUCGGCGUGCUUGCUUGGGCCCCAUCAACUUCCGCUCGAUCGCCAUCAUCUUAUGGCGCGCCGAAAAUUCAUGAUGAGACCUUCGUUCCGGAUCACGUCCUCCGAGUAACAUUUGCCAAUGUUUCUAUCGCGUGCGAACACCGCCCGUCAGUCCUGAUCAAUGGCACGAUCCCGGGCCCCGAGCUCCGUCUGCAACCCGGUAAACCAACAUGGAUCAGGGUGUAUAACGAUAUGCAAGGAAGCAACACCACAAUGCAUUGGCAUGGCCUCAGUCAACGAAGCGCCAUCUUCUCCGACGGCACUCCGGCUGCCAGUGAGUGGCCAAUCCCGCCCCUGCACUACUUCGACUACGAAGUCUUCCCGGAGACGAAUGAUGCAGGCACAUACUUCUAUCACUCUCACGUAGGCUUCCAAUUCGGCACUGCAUCGGGGCCGUUGAUCGUUGAGGACGUUGGGAAACCGCCUUACGAAUAUGACGAAGAGAUGGUCGUCCAAUUGAACGAUUACUUCAACAAGACCGAUCUCAACAUCACCAUCGGCCUGACCUCCAACCCUUUCGUGUGGAGCGGAGAGACGAAUGCCGUUCUGAUCAAUGGUGUGGGAGUCUCCAACACCGCCACAGCAGGCAAGGCGGGCUGCAGCAUUCCAGUCAUUGACGUCGAACCCGGCAAGAUCUAUCGUUUGCGUUUCAUCGGAGCAACGUCGCUGUCCAUGGUCCAACUCGGCAUCGUCGGCCACGACAACUUCACCAUCGUUGCAGCCGACGGACAAUAUACCAAGCCGCACACCGAGAAGUUCAUGCAAGUCUCCACCGGCCAACGGUUCGAUGUAAUCUUCCAGGCGAAAUCGCAAGCAGAGAUUCGCAACCAAACGGACUAUCUCAUUCAGUUCGAGACGAAAGACCGCCCCACGGUGUACUACGGCUACGGCGUUCUGCGCUAUUCGAACGCGAGACCUACCAUCACCGUUGGUCCGGCUAAACCUCCCCUCGCUCUAUCUAAUGCUACGUACGACUGGUCAGAAUACGCGCUGGAGCCCCUACAAGCUAACAACUUCCCCUCUGCAAGUGAAGUCACGCGACGACUCACAAUCCACCCACGUCAGGUCUUUGGCGAUACCGAUAUUUGGAGACUGAACGGUGUCCAAUGGAAUGAAUCAACGAUUCAAACCACGCCGGCUGACAGGCCCUAUCUCGUGAAUGUCUACGAGAACGGCCCCGAUGCAAUCCCAAACUACGAGCGCGCGCUGAAGAAUAAAGGCUGGGACAAUGUCACGUACACUUGGCCGUUCAAAGUGGGAGAGGUGGUGGAGGUGGUGAUUCAAAAUACAGGGAGUCUGGUGCAGAAUAAUGGCGGUGUGGACUUUCAUCCGUUUCAUGCGCACGGUGGUCAUUACUAUGACAUUGGGAGCGGCAACGGUACCUACAACGCCACGGAGAACGACGAGAAGCUACAAGGAUAUAAUCCCGUACUUCGAGACACCACCAACCUCUACCGAUAUGAGACGGUCACCACGGCUGGAGCCAACGCGGGUUGGCGAGCCUGGCGCAUUCGAAUCGACGACCCGGGUGUUUGGAUGGUUCAUUGUCAUAUUAACCAACACAUGAUAAUGGGGAUGCAGAUGGUUUGGGUCAUGGGCGACUUCAAGCAAAUCACUGCCAUUCCGGAGCCGUAUAUCUCGGGAUAUUUGGCGUUUGGCGGCAGUGCGUACGGGAACGAGAGCUACGCGCCGAGCUACGUGCAUCAGUUCCAUGACUAAAUGGAACGGAGCGUUUCGAUCACCUGGCGUGAUUGAUGUGGAAAGAAGAACACUUGAAAGGUUAGAAAGCAUUGCAUUUAUGUAGUCAAUACUUGGACGAGAUCGAGAGUCACGUGGAAUUAGUCAUCAUAUCGAGCGCCCUCCUAUCCAUCGACGGGCCAACACGAUUUAACACUUUGCC